AUGGCAUCUGGGACCUCAUCUUUAGAGAGUAAUGGCAGUAAUGAAUCAAUCUCCCACAAUUACGUGAGCCAAGAGCGCCACACCACCACCCAGCUGCCGACCAUCCCCAUCCCGAUUGAAUAUGAAGUACUAGCUUCGAACCAGUGCUACGAGAAGCAGAACUAUACCGUUAAAUCGCACGGCGCGCACGUAAUGAGCGGGCCCUAUGAGCCGCCGCUACAGUAUGACGUCAUCAAUAAACAGACCAAUGAGAGCUUGAAACAACAAUGCGAAAAGACGUUGCACGAACUGAACCAAUUAAGGCGACAGCACACUGAGAAGUCGCGGAGGUGUGAACAUGUUAUGAAGGAGUUGGAGUACUUUCGAGGUCAGCACAGAGCAGCUAUGAACCAGCUCGAAGUCUCUGCACAGGAGGCCAGCAGCCUCCGCGGCAAGUACGGCGACCUUCUCAACGACAAUCAGCGUUUGGAACGCGAAGUACAGCACUUACAACAGAGUAGCAACCCUGAGACCAGUUCGGAUGCUCUCGUACAACACACACUUAGGAAAUAUGAAGCUCUCAAGGAGGAGCUAGAAUGUUUUCAGAAAAGAUACGAUGACCUGAUAGAGAACCACAACACAACACUAGAAAAGCUAAGAAUCAUGCAAGAAGAGAACAGUAGACUAAAAAGUCAAUGCCAUGACCUGACCCAAGAAAGAAAUGCUGUGAUCCGCGAGCGUAACGCGCUGAAGCAGCAGGUGGCGGCGGUGGUGCGGCAGUGGGAGGGGGGCGCGCGCGACCGCGCCGACAUCAAGCGGCUCACCGACGAGCGGAACGCCGCCAUGGCCGAGUACACGCUUAUCAUGAGUGAGAGAGAUACAGUACAUAAAGAAAUGGAGAAGCUGUCGGAUGAUCUACAGGCGGCUUUAAAACGCGUCGCCGCGUUAGAGUCAGCGUUACAAGCUUCUAGGGAGGAACAGCGGGCCACUGCUCUGCAGGCGGAGAGUCUUCGGCGUGAAAUAGAGUCUGCUCUAGUGGAUCGAGAUCGCGCUAUCAAAGAGUGUACUGAUCUCAAGACACCACAAAACACAUCCACUUUAGGCAAAUCCAGACAAGACAACUCAGCGUACCACCACUUGGGGUUAGCAAGUGGCGUGGGCAAUGACGGAUUCCUCAACGGUCAACACUCCAAUGAUCCAUCAUUGGAUAAGUUGCAAGGUCUAGUGGGGUUGGUGGUAGACGCCGUAGACAAGGAGCGCGUGGACAACCUGGAGCAAGCCAACCAGGAGUUGGAGCGCCUCAGGAAACAGAUCGACCGGCUGCAGGCUGAACUCGCUGAUGCGCAGCGGGAAGCUGAGGUAUCGAAACGUCGAAGAGAUUGGGCUUUCUCAGAGAGAGAUAAGCUGUUACAGGAGCGAGAGAGUGUCAAAGCUCUUUGUAAUCGACUGAGAAAAGAACGAGAUCAAAUGGUAGGUGAGCUAGCGGACGCACGUCGUCACGGGAAUAAGAAAUCGUCUGACGGAAAAGACCUGAAGCGUGGCAUGGCUGAUGAUGACGAGAGGAAAGACUGUCGGAGGCAUUUGCACUCCCGAGAUUCCGCUGUAGACACUGACAUGCAGGAUUUCGAAUGGGAGAUCAUAGAUGUGGAACUCCCAGGAUUGACCAAGGAUGGUGAUCUAGGAUUUGAGCUGUCAGGAGGACGUGAGGAGCCUCACUACCCGAACGAUUGUAGUUUGUAUGUCACUUCUGUGAAGAAAGGGUCAGUUGCUGAUGGCAAAAUUAAGGUGCUGGACCGCGUGGUGGAGGCGUGCGGCGUGUGCGUGUGGGCCAGCGGGCACGCGGCGGCGGCGGCGCUGCGCGCGGCGCUGGGGCGCGCGCCCGCCGCGCUGCGCGUGCAGCGGCCCCGCGCCGCGCGCCACCGCCUGCUGCUGCCCGACGCCAGGGGCCUCGCGCUGUGCCACGGUAUCUUAAUUAGCAAAAUAGCUUCUGGCAGUGCUGCUGCUAAGGAGAGUCUUUAUGUUGGCGACAGAGUUGUUAGUAUAAACAACGUCUCACUCGAAGGUAUGAAGAGCGUGUCGGAAGCGAUGGCGCUGCUCAACGAGUGUCAGUACGAAUCUGUGGCGUUGACUCUGCUUAGGCCUUUGUAUACGUGCUGCAACAAUACUAGGGAAAGGUUGUCACUGUACGAUCCCUCGUACUCGGACGGUAAAAUGGUGAACAUCUGCUCGCAAACGGACGAGUCGUACUGUCAGUUCGUGCAACCGCCUCAGGAUAACAAGGUUCAUAUUGACCAUGGCAUACCAGAUUUUGACAGAAGAUACGUGUACCAUGUAGCUGCUGGGAGUCAGGGGAAAAUACCACAAGAAAGAGGUAUCGAACAAGAAAACGGUGUAUCUGAUGGCACAUGGGACAUGAUCCGAGGCAAGAUUGAGGCGGUCACCGGACGCAGCAAGUCGAAAGAUAAACAGAAUAAGGUGCCGGAGUCUGAUGCGAUCGCGGAGCUGGACUCUGUUAUUGACAGCUACCAUGGUAAAACAAUUAAAGAAACAAGCAGCGUUCUAAAACGUUCGCGGCGGAAGAACAAAGAGUCACAGAGCGACACCAAAAAUGGCGGCACUUGGCCAAAAGCAAGAGCCAAUUUCAUUCUAGAAGAAAACUCUACUGGCACUAUUGUCCAACCUCGGUCCAGGAAAGAAAGACCUCCACUGUCUAUACUACUCAGCCCACCAACAAAACUUCCACCAGAGCCACAGAGAUCUAACACUAAUCGGAACUCGAACCCCAUACCACUAGGACACGCUCCGUUAACCCAAGUCACUGCACCAGCGCGACAUUCUGUCUAUAAGUCUAUAGAAUCAUCGCCAGCUAUUGAACACUUUCCAAAACCAGCGCCUUUAGCAAUUCACAAUCCCUUUGCAUCUCCGAACAGUAUGAACUUCGAAAAAAUUAGGACUUUGGAAAAAGACAAAAUGUCUAUGAGCGAUUAUUCAGAACAUGACGUCACACAAAACAGACUGAGCCUAGUAUUAAACCCGUCGGAUGAUUCUUUAGAUUACCAGCCCGUGACCAGAAAUCGGACCAAGAGCCCUCACUCUCUCGAUUUCAUGGUAAACAAAGGCCCAAGCUCUUUAGACUUUGUGACGAGAAAAUCACCCAGUUCUCUAGAACAUUCUAUGAAGAAUCACCCAGGGAAAGAUCUACUAGACCAAUAUUACUCGAAUAAGAAAUCAUCGUCUCCAAAAAACAUACAAACAGUUAACAAAUAUCCUUCGGACAGUGACAGCUUUGGACCGGAUAGUUUGAACAGCAAUGCUAACUUUCCCAUCACCGGUACACUUCCUUCUCAAUCAAGACUCCAAUCUCUGUACUACAGGGGACCUUUUGUCAACUCAAACCCUCAUACAUCAAGCAGGUACCCUCAUCUCGCAAGUCCCACCAACAUACCUCAAAGUCAAUCUGGUGAAUCGAUCGGGACAAGUUAUGACAUGCACUCCUUCACAUCACACACGCACAACAUGUCUGAUCUCCAACCAGUGCCGAGAACGAACAGGGGAGGAGAUUAUCAUCACACCUACGAAGGUGGAACGUUUCCUCGUAAAAAAGAAAACCAGAGAUUUCGGAUCCCGUCGAACCCAAGUGUGACGUCAAAAAACUCAGCAGGAAAACUUAGCACGGGGUCGAUAGAGAGAAGUUCGGAGAGGAACUCGCCAAUGCCGACAUUUCAUGUCGAAGUAUUGAGUCCAGGAAGAGGUGCUAAGCAACUAACGCAUAAAACAAGAAAUUCAAUGCCCGAAUACUGUGGCUUGAGCUGGAAUAAACCCUUACCGGGGGAAUUAAGACGCGUACAUAUAGAUAAAAGUCAACAGCCACUUGGAAUACAAAUUUAUUGUCCUCCCAGUAGCGGGGGUGUAUUCGUGUCUACCGUCAACGACAAUUCUCUUGCCAGCCAAGUUGGAUUACAAGUUGGCGACCAGUUACUGGAAGUGUGCGGGAUAAACAUGAGAUCGGCCACAUACACUCUAGCCGCUCGCGUGCUACGACAGAUCGGUAACUCGAUAACAAUGUUGGUGCAAUAUAGUCCUGAGAAAUAUAAGGAUGAAGUUGAGGUUCCUGGAAGCUCCUCCUCAGGUGAAAGCUCACACGACGAAGAGGUUUCUUUAUCAGGGUCCCCGACGCCAAGGAAUUCGCCAGGUCCUCAACAGUCUAUAAGAAUUGAGGCGCCUUCGACGGAAGUGGCGACUUCCAGACAGUCGCAAGCUGGCAAAGAUCUUCCAAGAUUUUUGUUGAUAGAAAUGAGGAAUUGUUCGGACUUGGGAAUAAGUUUGGUCGGUGGUAACGCUGUGGGUAUAUUUGUACACAGUGUUCAGAUUGAGAGUCCGGCGUAUAAUGCUGGGUUGAGAACUGGUGAUCAGAUACUGGAGUAUAACAACGUGGAUUUGAGACGAGCGACUGCGGAGCAGGCCGCGUUGGAGUUAGCGAAGCCUGCUGACAAAGUGUCCGUGUUAGUCCGCCAUGACUUGCAGCAGUACCAUGAGAUAAAAGACAAACCUGGCGAUGCCUUCUACAUCCGCGCAGGGUUCGAUCGCUGCGCCAAGAUCACCUCUAUCGGAAUGGACACCAUUGACGAAUACUCGCUGUGGUUCAGGAAGGACGAAGUGCUGUUUGUUGACAACACGUUGUUUAACGGCUCUCCAGGGCUGUGGAGAGCUUGGCAGUUAGAUUGUAAAGGAGCUAAACGACACUGGGGGACCAUUCCUAGCAAAUCCAAAGUCGAAGAGAUCCUCCGUCGGUCGAUGGGCACUCUCGAGAGCGAGGCGCAGCGGCGCGCCUCCACCACGGCGAGGCGCUCGUUCUUCAGGCGGAAGAAGCAUCGAGACAGCAAGGAGCUGGCUUCCUUCUCCAACACCGAGCUGGGCUGCUGGAGCGACUCUGGCACUCUAGCCGAUGACGUCACCGUACUGUCCUACCAGAGGGUCGAGAGGUUACACUACGGGCGGCAGCGGCCCGUGGUGGUGCUGGGCCCGUGGGCGGGCGCGGUGAGCGCGCGGCUGGUGUCGGACUGGCCGCACGCGUUCGGCGCGCCGCGCGCCGCCGCGCUGCCCGUGGGGGGCGCCGCGCCCGCCCUGCAGCGCGGCACGCACCUGGAGCCGCGCCUGCGCGCCGACUGCACGCACAUCGACACCAUCCCCACCAGCGCCAUCACCGACCUCGCCGACAAGGGCAUCCACUGCAUAUUAGAUAUAAGCGUAGCUACAAUAGAGAAACUGCACAAGCAACAAAUAUACCCUAUCGUCUUAUUCAUAAAAUUCAAAUCGUUUAAACAAAUCAAGGAUCUCAAAGACACGCGCCACGCUGACAAAGUGUCCGCAAAAGCCGCUAAGGAAAUGUAUGAACAUGGACUGAAGGUGGAGAAUGAAUACAGAAGUUAUAUCUCAGCCGAGAUACCCGCGGGCGUGAACAUCGCGUACACGUGCACGCAAAUCAAGGCAGCCGUGGAGGAGGAGCAGAACAGGACCCUGCCGCGCGCGCGGCGCCUCAAGGCCGUGACGUUCUGCGCGCACCGCCCCCCCGCCCCCGCCUCGCCGCCGCCCUCGUCCAGGGACGCCUCCUACUACUCGGACCCGGGCCGCGAGCGGAAGCCGAAGCUUAAAAAAGAACAACCCCGCAGCGACUCCACGGACUCCGACCUCAAGUACUACUCCGAGCCCGACGCCAGGUAUUUCGAAAUCGAUUACGAGUUCUUGAAGGAGCUGCGGCGUAUCGCUCACAACAAUUGCCCGAAGUGUCGCCGCAGAAGGUCCAGGCGCGGCGACCGGGAUCACAGAGAGAAAUCGACGAAAACCAGAGCGUCGAAGUACUCCCGUCGAGACAGCUAUGUGUUCUGCAACGGGCGGUACCACAGUGAGAAGGAGCACUGCCGGUUGUGCUGCAAAGUGUGCAACAAGUCCACCGAGACCCUCGAUUCUCUCGACGACGAUCAGUAUUCUCUGGUUUCUAAGAGCUACAGCCGACCCGGCGUCGCGUCUCGCUCUAAGUCAACUCCGCGGAAUUCCCGCGAACGGAAGAACUCGAUUCAAUCGAACAAAUCGGUAUCGUUCCUCGAAUCGAGUAACGAGGAGUCGACGAAGGACGAACCGAAUUACACGGCCAAGAGUUUCACCAAUGAUCUGAAGAAGUUUCUUUUGAAACCUUCGACGCCUCGACUCAGUUUGCGUGACAAGUUUAUCACUAGUUUCAAGCAAGAAUUCGAGGCUACCAAAAAGUCUCCGAAACUAAAAGCUAUCAAAGGUCUCUGGAAGUCUUACUGA